AUGCCUCAGCCCGUUGUUACGUCUUCGGCGACGAAGCCUCGUAGCGCGAAGAAGAGAGCCAAGCAAAUCCAAGAGCGUUUAGAUUCUGCCAUCAAAGCCGGACAGGUUCCUCCUUUCUGUGACAACUGUGGUUGUAUCGAAACACCCACUUGGCGCCGAGCGUGGAUGAAAGACUUCGAGGGUGGGGAAGAUUACGCGAAACAAAUGUUGCAAGAAACCGGAAUUCUCUUCUAUCUUGCUUUGGAGCGCGAUUCCCAGGAGAGAAUCACCAAGUUCAAGAUGUACAAGAAAACCCCACAGAAUUGGGGAGAUGCAGAACAAGUACUUCUUUGCAAUCCUUGUGGCCUCUGGCUUUAUAAGUUCAAGAUGAUGCGCCCCGAGGAAAAGUGGAACAAAGGAGGGAACGAUGGUCAGCGAAAGAGGCGCCCCGUGAGAAACCGCAGGACUGGAGGCCCGCUGUCAAUCCCUUCCACAAUGACUCGCAGCAUGGCAGCGUCCAGUGUGACGGCAGCGUCUUCUCCUGCCCCGACAGAGGCUUCCUCUGUGCAGCCGGAGGAAGGUGCUACACCUCAGGUAGACACCCCUCAGGUAGACAACAAUCCCGACCAAGAAGCAGAUCACUACCAGGGACAGGAUGUUGAAGUCGAGGAGCCUCCUAGCAAACGCCGUCGCGCAAACAGCGCGGAACCCCCCGCGCUCAACAGAAAGCGCGAAAACUCGCUGGGAGCACGAUGA